AUGGUCGAGACACAGUAUUACGAACUCACGGAGGCAGAGGCCCAACCUACUACCAACGGCGGCUGCAAGAAACGACUCAGAUUCAUGUCAAAACUCUCUAAACCAUGGCGAAUGGCUCUGUUAGGAGUCACAUUUGCCCUUCUCGUCGUUAUUGCUGCCUACCUAUGCCUCAUACUUGCCUACGUCGUCGCAAUCCUCUGGAAAGCAAACAGACUCCCAGACCGCAGCGAGUCACAUUACAACCUUUACAAAAACACUCGCUUCGAGGCUUGUAGGGCCACGCCAUCCCCGCACUUCAACUGUAGCAUCUUUACAGACGACUGGACGCAACCCCCAGACGGAGCACACUAUUCCUUGUGGAACCACGGUCGUGCUGUGAUACACGGCCCUCCUGGCAACUGGUGCGACGCUGCUAGCUGCUUCAACGCGUGGAAGGUGGUGCCGUCGACGCCACGGCACAGCGCCUUUAGCCUGACCACUCUUUUGAUCUGGGCACAGCUCUGCUUCACCGCCCUAUCCAUCCUCUGGGAGCUCUACAAGACCCUGUCACCCCCCAACAAGUGUACCGGUCCAGGGUUCUGGGACUGGUUCUUCCUCAUCAAGGAUGCCAUCACCCUCGGCUUCUGGGUCGGGGGCUUCGCGUCUUUGCUAGGCGACAUCUCCUCCGCGGCGCCAGUCUCGAUCGUUGCGUGGCUCUCGAUCUGCAAUCUGUGGAUCGACCUUCGCUGCCAUCCCUGGUCAUGCUGGUCUGUAUUUGUUCGCCACCCCAGAAUAAAAAAGACCUUGUUCUGGAUGCUAAACGUUGUAGUCCUCUCCCAUUGGGCAGCAACUGUAUACGCACUCCGAGUAUACUGGGAAUUCUACGAUUUCACGGGCGCGCCCGACACUGGCCGCGUCAGGAAGUACAAUAUCAACAAGUACGACUGUCUCGAGGACCAGUUAAGCUCUGCCCCUGGCACGUCCUCCUGCUCCGCCGAGUCGCUAUGUGCCGAAAGCGCAUUCUUCACCAGCCCGGACUUUCAUUCCCAUCGGGCGAUGUUAGUCCUGCUGGUUACGUACAGCGCCCCCGCGGCUGCGAGUCUUAUAUUCUUCGCAGUAGCUAUAGUUGCCUUGGUGUUUUUGUUAUCCUUACACCGGUGGGCGCCACAAAUCAUCCAGCGACCCGUGAGAAGUGGAUGGCUGCCGAAAAGAAGCAAGACUGGCGAACGGAUCGCGUCAUUCCAGCUGAUUUUUACGUUCUUUUUUGCUCUGGCAGGAGUGGUGUUUGGUGCGUAUAUCCUCGCUCAGGGAUAUCUGAACUGGGAUCUUGAACGGAUCCAGUACGGUGGUGAAGGAACUAUCGUUUGGAACCCAAAUUGCACAGCAGUUCAUGUUGGCAUCAGCCCGGAGUGGUAUUAA